AUGGUCGACAUAUUUACUCAAGUAAAAAAAGAAACCCGAAAGAGUAGGGGUUACUCUCUCUUUCCGUACUUUCGUUUUGAGAAAACCCCGCGAAAUUAUGGGAGAAGAAGUCGACAUUGCUUUGAAUUUGAUUCGCUAAUUGGAGACCUUCUCCUUCAACCAAAAUUAAGCAAGGGGAACCAAUCGCAGCCAGUCUCCGACGACUCUAUCAACGUUAUGGAUCUAACUAAACCACUCCGCUGCAUCGUAAAACUGGGGGGUGCGGCUAUUACUUGCAAAAAUGAAUUGGAGACGAUACACGAAGAAAAUUUGGCUACGGUUUCCUUACAUUUGAGGAAAACUAUGGUUACUGGGUCUUCUUCUGAAAGUACUAUUGGAAUGGAUUGGAGCAAGCAGCCUGGAAAGUCCGGCAUUGAAUGUACUGCUGAUGAUUUCAGAGAACAUGAAGUUGGCCUUGCAAGUCCCUUUAUAGUUGUUCAUGGAGCUGGUUCUUUUGGGCAUUUUCAAGCAAGUAAAUCGGGGGUUCAUAAAGGAGGACUUGAUAGAUCCUUAGUCAAGGCUGGAUUUGUUGCCACACGUAUAUCCGUUACUUCACUCAAUCUUCAAAUUGUUAGAGCACUUGCGAGAGAGGGUAUUCCAUCGGUUGGAAUGUCUCCAUUUUCAUGUGGAUGGUCCACUUGUGAAAGAAAUAUGGAUGCAGUUGAUUUACAAGGGGUUUCUAAAGCCAUUAACUCUGGAUUUGUUCCUGUUCUGCAUGGAGAUGCUGUUUUUGACAAUUCCCUGGGGUGCACCAUAUUAAGUGGAGAUGUAAUUAUACGACAUCUUGCAGGGCAACUGAAGCCUGAUUAUGUUGUGUUCCUUACAGAUGUUUUAGGUGUAUAUGAUCGUCCUCCAACAGAGCCUAAUGCAGUCCUUUUAAGAGAGAUCGCUGUGGGUGAAGAUGGUCGUUGGUCUGUUAUACAACCUGUUCUGCACAAUGGUAACACAGAAGUUGAGAUAAGUGUAGCAGCCCAUGAUACAACUGGGGGAAUGUUGACUAAGAUAUCAGAAGCAGCAAUGAUUGCAAAGCUUGGCAUUGAAGUCUAUAUUGUAAAGGCAGCCACUGUCCACUCCUUGAGAGCUCUAAACGGGGAAAUUCGAGGCAAGAUUCCAGAUGACUGGCUUGGGACAACCAUUCGGUUUUCAGGAUAAGACCUCAAUCAGGUGCUUUCAGUGAAAUAUCUUAACUUACGAUCGACUCCUUCAAUUACUGUGUAGUAUUACAACGCGAGAUAACCAAACUGGAAGACCCAAAAUCUAAGGUUAUAAUUAUCGAGUUGUAUUGUGGAACCUCAUUAUGUCCAUGCAUCAUUGACAUUGUAGUUGAUCCAAGUAUCCGGCUUUCUGAUUGUUGGAAAGGGAUGAUUGGAAUUUACUUGUGCCAGUUUGUGAAAUUAGACUCAACCAGAAUCGUUUACUUUGAUGCUAACUACUGUUUGCUUGUUGCUUCUUAAAUUUUGUACACUUGUUUUUCCUCGGAAACAGAACUGAAGUAAGCCAUGCUUGUACGAAGUGCAAAGUACUUUAACACUGCCAAAACAAUUCAAUGGACAUUAUAAGUUAUUAUUAAUGCAUAUUGCCAUUUAGACUGA